CUUUCAUCUGCCAGCUAAUAAGCAGAAAUGACCGAACAUUCCUGGAUAUACUGCACUGAAUAAAUUAACAGCACAUGAGAUUUGAAAAGCCUGAGCGGAGCCAGAACAGUUUACUUUCAGUACUUUGUGAGAUACUGGAAGAUCAGUCCCACCGGGAGCUGUUUGCGCUAGAGUUAGGGUCAGGCACAGGACAACAUGUGGUUCACUUUGCCCAAGAAAUGCCUUUUGUGACAUGGCAGCCAUCAGACAUCAAGGAGGGAUCAUGGAACAGUAUCAGAGCUUACAUUGGGGCCACUAAGGCAAAGACAGUGCUGGAGCCUGUGCAUCUGGACGCCAGUGAGCCCUGGGAAAAAUGGGCAGGACUCCCACAAAGCUCCUGUGUCAUCAUCAUAGCAAUCAACCUGCUUCAAUACAGCACCUUCAGCACCGCAGAGGGUUUGUUCAAAGGAUCUGGGCAGAUACUGAAACAGAACGGCCUCCUAGUUACUUAUGGACCAUAUGCUAUCAAUGGAACCAUCACCCCCAUCUGCAAUGAAGAACUGGACCAGACCUUACGCGAGAUGUGGGUUUCCCAACAGAGAUAUUUAUUUUCCUUUAUUUCAAGAUUCAAGAUAAGUAUAUUGGCGUUUGUUAACCAUUGAAGACAAUACGUAGAUUCAUUCUCAAGUACAUUACAUACAACUACUGUCUUUCUUGCCCUGUUUACACCAAUUUUCUCGUAGGAAUCCAGAGUGGGGUCUUCCAGACAUUGAUGUGCUUAGACAGCUGGCUUUUGGAAAUGGAAUGAGAAUGGAACGAAUGGUGAGAAAAUAUUAAGUUUUUUUUUUUAAUCUUAAUGUACACAAACAUAAUUGGGAGAGAACUAUAUUUACGCCCUCUGAAAACAGCCUAUUCAUACUUCAAUUUGAUGUGUUGCUCAACAGAUCGAGAUGCCUGAGAGUAACAAAUGUCUUGUCUUCAGAAAACUCGAGGAACUCUAUUUAGAGAACACGGAUCCAGUUUCCAGGACAGAAUCUGUUACCAAAGAAACCUGUUAUUUAUGACAGGA